CGGUCACAUGCGGUGAUGACCUCAGAGGGCGGGAUAACGAUUCUCACAGCCAAUCAGAGGCCUCGUGGGUGGAGCUACAUGCAGCCUCCCUAUAUCUUGGGCUUCCAAAACAAUCGCCAAGAAAUUCCAUCGGCCGGAAUCGGUAGCGCCCUGACUGUUACCAUGAGGCUGUGCCUUCCUGUGUUCCCCCUGUUGCUCGCUGCAGCCUGCGCUGCCCCCGGCUUCCUGGACCCGCAGCUCGACCAGCACUGGCACCAGUGGAAGAGCUGGCAUGGAAAGACCUACCUCGAGAAAGAAGAAGGCUGGAGGAGAAUAAUUUGGGAGAAGAACUUGAAAAAGAUCGAAUUGCACAACCUGGAGCACUCCAUGGGAAAGCAUUUGUACCGUCUGGGUAUGAACCACUUUGGGGACAUGACGCACGAGGAGUUCAGGCAAGUCAUGAAUGGCUACAGAUACAAGCCGGAGAGGAAGUUCAAAGGGUCAACGUUCAUGGAGCCCAACUUCUUGGAGGCCCCGCAGCAGAUUGACUGGAGGGAGAAGGGUUAUGUAACUCCAGUCAAGGAUCAGGGCCAGUGUGGUUCCUGCUGGGCUUUCAGUACCACAGGCUCUUUGGAGGGCCAGAUGUUCAGGAAGAUUGGCAAGCUGGUGUCCCUGAGUGAGCAGAACUUGGUGGACUGUUCCCGUCCUGAGGGGAACGAGGGCUGCAAUGGCGGGCUCAUGGAUCAGGCCUUUCAGUACAUCAAGGACAACAACGGCUUGGACUCGGAGGAAUCUUACCCAUACUUGGGAACUGAUGAUCAACCGUGCCACUACGAUCCAAAAUACAACUCCGCCAACGAAACUGGCUUUGUGGACAUUCCAAAAGGGAAAGAACAUGCUCUCAUGAAAGCAGUGGCUGCUGUUGGCCCAGUGUCUGUUGCCAUUGAUGCUGGUCAUGAGUCUUUCCAAUUCUACCAGUCUGGGAUCUACUAUGAGAAGGACUGCAGCAGCGAAGACCUGGACCAUGGUGUGCUUGUUGUGGGUUAUGGUUUUGAUGGUGAGGAUGUUCAUGGCAAGAAGUACUGGAUUGUCAAAAACAGCUGGAGUGAGAGCUGGGGUAACAAAGGCUACAUCUACAUGGCCAAGGACCGGAAAAACCACUGUGGCAUUGCAACAGCAGCAAGCUACCCCCUGGUGUAGUCAUCUUAGGUGUUUUUCCAAUUUCUCUACCCCUCCUCCCCCAAUUUUUUUUUUCUUUUUUUUUUUUUUUUUUUUUUUUUUGUCCCCCCCCCUUCAAUGACCACCAUUCAUAUUACAACCAGAAUAAGGCUGUCAUACAAGAAAAAUCAGUGUGGUUUCAGUGGAAUGUCAUGGAGUUUAUGCAACUUUAGUUUGUUUUAUGCCAUUGUUUUAAUUUUAAACUUGAUUACUUGUAAAUAUGCAUGGUCCUAGUAGAAGCCUGUUUUAAAAUUUUA